AUGGAAGCCCACCAAGCCAGCAAGGCCAUGGUGGGGGGCUGCAUCCGAAGCGGCGCCCAGUCCCUGGUCCUGCUGGAAGACCCGACUGGGUCGACACGCCAAGCCGGCUUGAGCAGCCAGAGGGUGAUGGAAAAGAGGGAUGAGGAUCCUGAGGAAAACUCCAGAAAGCCACACUGGAAGAUGCCACAGGGCUACCUGGAUACAGAGGAGGCUGCAGGGUUCAUAGCCGCCCCAGCGACUUCCCCAGAGGUCCUGCAGAACUUGGCCGGACCUCGACGGUCACGGAAGAACCUGCUGACCGUUUGCCUCGGCUGCCAGAAGCCCAGUGGGGGCCCAAUUGGAACCGCAAGCAGGAAUCCGGGGUCACGAGGGGGCCGCAGGCUGACGCUACGGGAUUGCACCUGCCGAGAACAAAGGCCCAGGUCCCUCCGGGCAGGCAGCGGGCCAAGGGCAGUGGGGCUGAGCCAUGUGGCGCAGGAGGGCGUGGGCGAGAUCCGACGCCCACCAGCCACUGAGAACGCCGGGGCGAAGCAGGCCACGAAGGCGGAACGAGCCCAGCGUCACUGCGACUCCGGGCACGAAACGGAGCUGGCUUCUGCCGCCCUGAUGCUAAACGCGACCGCUUGGGAAGAAGCGUCCUUCUGUCGUGGAAAAGGACCAUGGAUGUUUGAAAUUCUCAGCGACGGGAGAGAAGUCCACCUCCCGCCAGGGCCCCUGUACCGUGUGGAAGGCACGGCCGUGUCUAUCCCCUGCAACGUCUCCGAGUACGAGGGACCUACCCUACAGCAGUUUGAAUGGUUUGUGUAUCGCCCGGCGGCUCCUGACAUCUCUAUCGGCGUGAUCAGCACCAAGGACCCCAAGUUCCCUUAUGCCAUCUUUGGGCCCCGGGUGCAGGCGGGGAAUGUGUCCAUCCAGCGGGUCCGGGGCGACGCCGUGGAGCUACGAAUCAAGGAGAUCCGUGUGGAAGACAUGGGCAUUUAUGAGUGUUACACACCCACCACGGACUCCAAAUACCACGGCACCUACAGCGCCAAGGUGGAGCUGAGAGUGAUCCCCAACAGGCUCUCCGUGGCUGCCGUUUCCCCCUCCUUCGUGAAGCCCCCUCUCCGGGGCCGCGGGGCCGCCGGUGCUUCUCCGCCGCUGCAGAGGACUCUGUUGGAGAGCCAAGACCUGCGGCUGGCGUGCCGCGUGGCCAGCGAGACGCAGCAGCACACCCACCUCUCCGUGUCCUUCGGCUUCUCCGCACCCGAGACCCCCGGCGACCUGCGGACUUUGCAGGAGGUGAUCGGGGUACGGCGUGAUUUUGCCGUGGAGGCUGGCAGGCGUUUUGCCGAGCGGCAUGGUGCCCACGAGCUGUCGCUCACCAAGCUGGGAGACCAGCAGUACCAGAUGGAGUUGGGUGGGCUGAGGCCGGAAGAUUCCGGGAGGUACCACUGCACUGUAGGGGAAUGGAUCCAGGAUCCUGAUGGCAGCUGGCAGAAGAUCGCAGAGAAGCGGCUGGUGCUGGCUCAGGUCACAGUCCAAACCAUUGCUAGUCAGCUGGCAGUGGCUGCCGGCCCUCCCAGCGUCCGCGUCAGCUCCGGAGAAGCCCUGGAACUUCUCUGCAACGUCUCCGGGCUCCCGGCUCCUCCGUCGCCUCGUGCCGCCUACUCUGUGGCCUGGGAACUGAGCAAGGGAGCGGCCCCCGAGGGACGCCUCGUGGCCCGCUUGGAGGCAGACGGUGCGACGGCCCUGGGCGAGAGCUACGCCAACCGCAACGUGGGCCAGAGGCACGUCUCCCUGCAGAAGCUGGGCUCCCCUCCGGGCUCCCACCUGCUGCGGAUCGAGUCCACCCAGCCAGGGGACGUGGGCACCUACCAGUGCGUGGUGCGGGCCUUCGUGCGCUCCUCCAUCGCAGAGCUGCGUGAAGUAGCCGUUGGCCGGUCCCAGGCCUUGGUGGUUGACAUGAAAUCGGAAGCCGUGCUCCUCGAAGCCAGUGCCUGGCUGCCCGCCCCCACCAUCUACCGCGGGGACACGGCGGAGGUGCGCUGCAACGUUUCGGUGGAGUCGACCGAGGCGGUCCACCUGGCGCUCGGCUGGUGGGCGGAGCUGCCCAAGCGGGAUUCUCAGCCACGGGGCGCCAUGCUGGCCACGGUGAGCCGCGAGGGGGUGGCCGACCUCGGGCGCCGGGCGUCGGGUGGCGCCGUGAGCGUGGACAAGGUCGGGCCGCUGAGCUACCGCCUCCGCCUCCACGGGGUGCAGCCGUCGGACGAGGGGAAGUACCACUGCGCGGUGACGGCCUGGGUGCGCUACCCCGACCUCAGCUGGUACAAUGCCGGAUCCGCCAAGUCCAACCUGGUCACCGUGUACCCGUACGCGCUGCCCAUGGACACCCUCUUCAUCCCGUUCCUGGUGGGCAUCUCCAGCGCCCUGUUCAUGGGGGUGACCAUCCUCGUCACGGUCACCUGCUGCUUCAUGAAGAGGCUCCGCAAGAGGUGAAGG